AUGGUCGUGUUGUAUACGGUCGGUCGCAGAGCAUUACGUCAGCGCCGGUCGCAGUGCCGCCUCGCCGGAAGAACCAAAUUGUCUCCCGAUGGUGUUCUCGCGGACGCCACUUCGGGGAAAUUCGCCGACGGCUUUUUGAUCCACACCUCCAACCACAACAUCCCCACCAACGUCAUUGCUGGCGGACGAAAAUGCGGCCGGUUCGUCGUCGUCGUCCGCCGGCAACCAGUGUCGGCAACUGGACGCGCCGAUUUUGCCUACACUGCAAAAAGUGGUGAUACGAACAUUUUUUUUAACCUUUCAUUAUUUACGUGA